AAAACGAGCCCUGGGCUCCACCACUCCAAUCGCUCUGGUCCUGCGUGUCUCGCCCCCUCUGCUGUAGAAAAGCGUACAUACGGAAUCCCACACCAUGUCGGCGACGCAGAAAAUCGCAGUCCACUCGCUGCAAGAUCUCAAGAGCACCACCGACGAUGCGCUGCCCAAUUACCUCAACAGCCUCAAGUUCAAGCAGAUCCACACGCAGACCGACAUCCGCCUCGUCCUGGGCUACACGGCCGUGGCCAUUGCAGGCGCCCUGUUCUACUACGACUGGAAGUUUGGCUGGGAGGCCAGCAAGCCGUUUACCCUGCCCGCCGUGGUAGCGUAUUUCGUGCUCAACAGCGCCUUUAGCUACUGGCUGUGGUUUGUCGAGAAGGGCGUUGUGUACGAGGGCGAGGGCAAGACGGGCAAGAUCAGGAUAUCGUCAUGGACUAAAAAACACAUUCCCAUCUAUGAAUGCGACGUCGUCUUCACGCCUGCGCCCUACGCCUCGAACCCCAAGCAAACGAUCCACAUCCGUGCCGCCAUGACGCGCUGGUUCACCUCGGACGGCUACUUUGUCGCAAAGUCGUUCCAGCAGUGGCUUGCGUCGGAGAUUCCCGUGGUUGGCGCCGCAGACCCGAACAAUGUUGUCGAGGAGAUUGGCAGGGGCAGUGCGGCGGCGGGCAUGGAGCAGACACUCAAUCUGAACAGCUCAAAUGCCGCGGAUAUCCUGCAGCAGCUCAAGGCGAGUGGUGCCCAGUUUGCCAGCGGCGAGGCCCAGAGGCGGAGGUAGAGACGGCCGAGUGCGCGUUUAUCUACGACUAUCUGGAAAGGAUGCUCACGGGUGUUGGACAUUGGUACUUUUUCCACAGCGCAAGUUCUCCAGUCAAGGCGUCUGCAUGUCUCGAGUAUUUCCACACUGAUUUCAGCCUGUUGCCAAUGUUAGAGAAAAGCAGCAUUAAACAAUAUUGAUACCAUUUGCGCUACCUAGGAAUGCUAUGCGACGAUUUGGCCAAUGCAGAACGCCUCCGAAUGCAGAUAACAACACCAAC